GUCGUAAGAGCUUGACUUUGACUACCUCACAAGAUCCCGGCAGGUUGUUGGAUCUGAAUUACGUUAGGAAGGCUUUUGACUGUGAGUACACAAACAGCAGUGAGCUUCGCUCUUCGUUUGUUAGACAUCUGGAGAU